AUGACAGAAAUGAGAGAAAUGGCUAACCAAUCUACGCCAACAGAGUUCCUUCUCAUGGGUUUUGCUGAAACCCGUGAUUUGCAGAUUUUGCAUUCUGCAAUGUUUCUCUUUAUUUACUUAACAGCUUUAGUGGGAAAUUCUCUCAUCAUCACAGCUGUGGCCCUAGAUCACCACCUUCACAGCCCAAUGUACUUCUUUUUAAUCAACCUGUCAUUGUUUGAUGUCUGUUCCAUCUCCACUACUGUACCCAAAUCCAUCGCCAUUUCAUUGACAAACAACAACAUGAUUUCUUUUGCUGGAUGUGUGACACAGGUCUUCUUAGUGAUCACAUUUGUUGGUGGUGAGCUUGCCUUGCUCACUGUUAUGGCUUAUGACCGUUUUGUAGCCAUCUGUCGUCCACUACAAUAUACCUUAAUCAUGAAUUGGGAUGCUUGUAUCCAAUUGGCAGCUACUUGCUGGAUAGGCACCCUGAUCCAUGCGGUACUGGAAACCAGUUUUACUUUCAUACUAAAUUUCUGUGGGACCAAUAUCAUUGGGCAAUAUUUUUGUGACAUUCCUCAAUUGCAAAAGAUUUCUUGCAGUGAUACAAAAGUGAAUCAAAUUCUAAUUCUUGUACUUGGUUUUUUUCUGGACUCUUUCUUUUUUACCUUCAUCUUUACUUCCUAUGGCUACAUAUUUUCUGCUGUGCUGAGGAUCCCAUCUGUCCAAGGCAGAUAUAAAGCUUUCUCUACCUGCACUCCUCACCUGACUGUCUUUUCUUUAUUCAUCAUCACAGCUGUGUUUUCAUACAUGAGACCAAAAACACUUUCUUCCCCCACUGUGGACUUGGUUUCUGCUGUAUUAUAUACAGUUUUACCACCGGUUCUUAAUCCCAUUAUUUAUAGUCUCAGGAACAAGGACAUCCAACUGGCAGUGUGGAAAAUACCCAGAAAACUGAAACAUCUCUUUGCAUGA